AUGAUGCUCAAGGCCUUCUUCCCCACAUGCUGCACCUCAGCGGACAGUGGGCUGCUGGUCGGGCGCUGGGUCCCAGAGCAGAGCAGUGCAGUGGUCCUGGCGGUGGUGCACUUCCCCUUCAUCCCCAUCCAGGUCAAGGAGUUCCUGGCCCAGGUGCAGCAGGCCAGCCGGGUGGGUGUGACUGUGCUGGGCACCUGGUGCCACCACCAGCAGGAGCCCGAGGAGAGCCUGGGCCGCUUCCUGGAAGAACUGAGUGCCAUCUUCUCCCAUGAGCCAUGGCUGCAGCUGUGCCGAGAGCGAGGUGGGGCAGUCUGGAGCAGCAAGGCAGUCCAGCGUCCAGUGCUCCCUGGUGCCCCUGGAGAGCACCAGGUCACCCUCAUCUUCUAUGACCAGCGGCAGGUGCUGCUGUCCCAGUUGCACCCCCCUGCAGCCCUACCUGACCGCCAGGCUGGGGAUGCCCCGGCCAGCACUGGGGGGCUGGCCGCAGUCUUCGACACAGUGGCCCGCAGUGAGGCACUUUUCCGCAGUGACAGGUUCGACGAGGGGCCCGUACGGCUGAGCCACUGGCAAUCAGAGGGCGUGGAGGCCAGUAUCUUGGUGGAGCUGGCCAAGCAGGCCUCCGGGCCCACCUGCCUGCUGCUCAGCUUCCUGUUGUCCGUCCUCUCUGCCAUUGGGGCCUGCCGGUUGUUUUGGCUGUGGCCUCUGCCUUUCAUCUGUAGCAAGUUGUCCACCUGUGAGCAAGUCCGUCACCGGUUGGGGCAUCUUUCCCUGGUCUUCAGCACCCAGAAGGCUGAAAACCCUGCACAACUGAUGAGGAAGGCCAACGUGUUCGUGUCCGUGCUACUGGACGUGGGCCUGGGCCUGGCUCUGCUGACUUGGCUCCAUGGGGAGGACCGCAUUGGGCAACUGGCUAAUGCCCUUGUCCCUGUGGCUGAUCGUGUGGCUGAGGAGUUGCAGCAUUUGCUGCAGUGGCUGAUGGGAGCCCCCGCCGGGCUAAAGAUGAACCGGGCACUGGACCAGGUGCUGGGCCGUUUCUUCCUCUACCACAUCCACCUGUGGAUCAGCUAUAUCCACCUCAUGUCACCCUUCAUCGAGCGGAUCCUGUGGCACGUGGGCCUCUCUGCCUGCCUGGGCCUCACGGUUGCCCUGUCCCUCCUGUCAGAUAUCAUCGCUCUGCUCACCUUCCACAUCUACUGCUUCUAUGUCUAUGGCGCUAGGCUGUACUGCUUGAAGAUCUAUGGCCUGUCCUCCCUCUGGCGCCUGUUCCGGGGGAAAAAGUGGAAUGUGCUGAGGCAGCGUGUGGAUUCCUGCUCCUAUGACCUAGACCAGCUCUUCAUUGGGACCCUGCUCUUCACCAUGCUGGUAUUCCUCCUGCCCACCACGGCGCUCUACUACCUCGUGUUCACCCUGCUCCGGCUCCUGGUGGUAACUGUGCAAGGCCUCCUUCACCUACUUGUGGACCUGGUCAACUCACUGCCACUCUACUCAAUUGGCCUGCGCCUCUGCCGGCCCUACCGGCUUGCAGCUGGUGUGAAGUUCCGGGUCUUGGAGCAUGAAGCUGGCAAGCCCCUCCGCCUCCUGAUGCAGAUAAACCCACUGCCAUACAGUCAAGUGGUGCAUACCUACCGCCUCCCCAGCUCUGGCUGCCCCCCCAAACUCUCCUGGAGCUCACUGUGCCGCAAGCUCUUCUUCGGGGAGCUCAUCUACCCCUGGAAGCAGAAAGGGGACAAGCAGGACUGA